GAACCGCCAACCACCAGGUCAGUUGCGUACAUGAUGAGACCUUCUGUGUUGCGUACAAUUGCCCGUCCGGCAUUUCCAAGGACUGUUUUGCGGAGCAAUGCCUCUCUCAGGCUCUUCUCCCGUUCCACCCCCGCUUUCAACGCAUACACCCCCGGCCCAGCCCUCAUGUUGUCAGAAGAUGAAGAAAUGAUGCGUGACGCCGUCGAGAAAUUCGCUACCGAGGUCGUUAAGCCAAGGAGUUUGGCGAUGGAUGAGGCAGAGGCGAUGGAUAAGGAUGUUAUUACUGCGCUUUUUGAAAACGGGUUGAUGGGGAUUGAGACGCCGGCAGAGUAUGGGGGGAGUGAGGCGAGUUUCACGAGUGCGAUUGUUGCGAUUGAGGAGUUGGCGAGGGCGGAUCCCUCUGUUUCUGUCUGCUGUGAUGUCCACAACACGCUCGUCAACACUCUCAUCCGCGUCCACGGUUCGCAGGAAUUGAAGGAGAAGUACCUCCCCAAACUCGCUACUGAAACCCUCGGCGCAUUCUGUCUCUCCGAGCCUUCCUCCGGCUCAGAUGCCUUCGCUCUCAAAGCCACUGCAAAGAAGACUGCCGAUGGGGACUACAUCCUCAACGGCGGCAAAAUGUGGAUCACCAACUCCGCCGAAGCCGACGUGUUCCUCAUCUUCGCGAACCUCGAUCCCUCAAAGGGGUAUAAAGGCAUCACAUGCUUUCUCGCUGAAAAGUCAAUGGGGGUACAGAUUGCGAAGAAAGAGAAGAAGUUGGGGAUUAGGGCGAGUAGUACGUGCGUGAUCAAUUUCGACGACAUGCACGUUCCAAAGGAGAAUUUGGUUGGUGAGGAAGGACAAGGAUACAAAUACGCCAUCGAAAUCCUCAACGAGGGGAGAAUUGGGAUUGCUGCGCAGAUGAUUGGUCUCGCCCGUGGAGCGUUUGAUAUGGCGAUUAACUACGGUAUCAACGAACGCAAACAGUUCGGAAAGUAUAUUGGUGAGAAUCAGGGGAUGCAGUACCAGUACGCCGAGGCAGCGAUGCAAAUCGAGGCUGCGCGUCUCUUGACCUACAACGCCGCUCGCCUAAAGGAAGCCAACAAGCCUUUCAUCAAAGAAGCCGCAAUGGCCAAACUCUACGCCUCCCGCGUCGCCCAAUCCGUCGCCUCCUCCGCCGUAGACUGGAUGGGCGGCGUUGGCUUCACGCGUGAGAUGCCGGCUGAAAAGUUGUAUCGUGAUGCAAAGAUUGGGAGUAUCUAUGAGGGGACGUCGAAUAUCCAGUUGGAUACUAUUUUUAGGUAUUUGAAGAGGGAGUAUGUGAAGCAGUGAGUGUGUGUGGUUGUUUGAGAGGAGGAGCAGAGUCUAUUGCUGGCGCGUGGGUGCAUAGGUGUACGAUAGAUACCAUUGCAAAAGAUGAAGUGAUUGCUUGCUUUUCUUGUCGCGU